AUGGCUUCCCAAUUCAGCGAUAACGAAAAGUAUGAUGCGGAGCUCGCCUCGCCACCAUUGACAGCUACGCCUACUUCCAGCAGCUUGGAGGAUCUGGCCAAGGACUGGACCGAGGCGGAAGAGCGUGCAGUCGUUCGCAAGCUCGACAUCAGUGUCCUGUCCCUUCUCUUCUUCGGCUUCUUCUGCUUCCAGCUCGAGCGCGGCAACAUCGCCAACGCAGUCACCAGUACACUCUUCAAGGAUGUUGGCAUUGUCCAGAAUCAAUUCAACGUCGGUCAAGGAUUGCUGUACCUUGGUAUUGUCCUUCUUGAAGUUCCCUCACAAAUGGUCGUCCAGCGCAUUGGUCCCCAGAAGUGGCUCACUUUCCAAAUCUUUUGCUUUGGCCUCGUCGCGACCUUUCAGCUGUUCAUGAAGGGCUAUGCCUCCUUCCUUGUCACUCGUAUCCUCCUCGGUAUUGUGGAGUGCGGUUACAUUCCCGGAUCUCUCUACGUCCUGUCAACGUUCUACAAGCGCAACGAGCUUGGAUCGCGCACGUCAUUCUUCUUCCUCGGAAGCGUCCUCGUGUCUGGCGUUGGCGGUCUUAUGGCGGCUGGUCUCCUCCAGAUUAAGGGGUCCCUUCACCCAUGGCAGUACCUCUUCCUCGUUGAGGGUUCGUUGGCCAUCUUCUGUUCGCUACUUUUCUUGAUCUUUAUGCCCGAUGGGCCCAACCGCCCCGUGCCAAUGCUCUUCCCCCGCCUCACACUGCUCACCGCACGGGAGAAGGAGAUUGUUCGCCUGCGUGUGAUUGUCGACGACGCCGCCAAAAGCGCUGCCACUCGCCCUCUUACAAACGGCGAGAUCUUCAACACCCUUCUCAACUGGCGCAACUAUCCUCACGUACUCCACGCCAUUGCCUGCAUUGCCGCCACCUCCGCCAUGGGUCAGUACCAGCCCCUGCUCAUCAAGAACUUUGGCUUCUCCACCAUCAAGGCCAACCUCUACAGCUCUGUUGGUGGCUGGCUUGCAUUCGUCAUGAUGAUCAUUUCGGGACUCGUCAGUGACCGCGUGCGCAACAAGGGUCUUUGCGUCAUCUUCCUCACUUCGUGUUCGCUCAUCACCUGGUCCGUCUUCGUGCACGAGUCGUCCGGCAGUAACAAGUGGGCAAAGUACGCUGCCAUCACGUGCACGACCGCCUUUUCCCAGGUCUGGCACCCGAUCAACGCCACUUGGUUGAGCUUGAACCAGGCCAGCCCCCAGCGUCGAGCCAUUGCCAUGGCCAUGUUCGUCAUGGCCGCCAACCUCGGCGGCCUGGUCGGUUCGCAAAUCCUCAGGUCGGAGGACGCGCCCACGUACCACGUCGGCUUCCGCGUGUGCGUCUCGCUCGUGGCCUUUGGGACGGCCAUGUCUAUCGCCCAGCACUUCCAGUACCGCUGGAGCAACAACCGCAAUGCAGCCAAGGUGGCUGCGGGAGAGAAGUUGAGGGAAGACCGUCCUUCGACGUACAUUAUGUAA